UCACAAAAUCUGAAAAUCCGUCUUCAACUGAGAUUGUAAAAGAACAACUGGACCAGUUUGAGCGUAGAUAUGCUUUAAGCAACACUAUUUUCAUUUUAGUUCGUAACGCUCGUUAAAUAAAUGUGAAUAAAAAAUUUAAACGUUAGACAACAACCGAAGAAACCGCGCCAUACAUAUAUUAAGUAGCAAAACAACGAUGAAGUUUGUGGAAAGCUGAAAUAUGUAGUUAUGGAUUGAAACCGAAAACGCGUACAUAUGCAAACGCAUUUUGAACCGAAAGGCAAAACAAAGCCCUAAUACUUACAUAUCAAGAUAAGUUUAAUUGGUUGUGCACAAAGAACAUUACAGAACUGUGUAAUUGGAAUUUUUAAACUGUGAUCGUGCAUAUUGUUUAUGAAUUUAACUGUUAUAGUACAUUAAGUGCGUUUAAUGAAUUGAAAAACCCAAGAAGAGUUGUAAUUUGAUCGAUGCUUAAUUUUCUUCAAUUUUAUUGUGAAACACACAAAUAGCAUCAAAUUGAGAUUUAAAGAUAUUUCUGUAAUCAAAUUGUAAGGACCCAAAAAGCCAAGUGUUAUUAGAAGUGGAAGUUUAAUCAGUGAAUGUAAAGUUAAAUAUGAAAUCAACGACUCAUUUUCAUAAUGGAAAUACUCGAGAUAAUUUUGACAAUAAUAGCGGUGAUUCUGUUAAAUUGAAUGAUAAAAUCUUGUCUUUGAAUGAUGCAAUCACAGUGAGUGGAACAUCAAUAAUUAAUCAGAAAGCGAUAAAUUUAAGCCAGACAGAGCUAAUCGGUUGCCAAAUUUCAGUAAAUGGAUUUUUCAACGGAAAUAAUAAUAAGACGACGUUAGAUCAAAAGGAAUCAAAUCAGGGGGAAUUCAAUAACAAUGGCCUCGAUGAUGAUGAAAAAACAAAUAGCUUUGGUCUAUCGCGGCGUGAUGGUGGAUUAUCGGCAUCAAAAACUGCUUCUUCCAAUGAGUUGUACAUUGAUGAAGAAACAAUAUCGCUGCAUUUGGAUAAUCCGUUUGUAACACAUUUUGGUGAGUUUUCAUCGUUAUCACAGGAGCUGCCACUGGUCAAUUGCAAUAAUGAUAGACCAUCUUACAACGAUGUCUGUGUGUACAGUAUGUCCCAAUCGGCUUCCAUUUUAAACCUAAGCAAUGUGAUAAAAAGUCAGCAAAUGAAAAACUAUGUUGCUUCUGGCAACAAUGAAAAAGAAAACGGAAGCAGUGAUUAUGGUCGAAUCAACGAUAUCGAUAAUAAUAUAUUGCAUAAUCGACCUAAUAGGCCCCAUAGCAUAGCUGGCGCAUUAUCCGCUGCAUCGUUUUCGCCUUCAUCUGGACACUCUCUUGCUCGACUAUCGGUUUUAAAUCAAAACAAAGGAGAGUUGACCAGUUUGAUAACAGCAGGAGCGGCUCCUCGAACAGCCGCCACAACGACGCUGACGUACAGCAACAGCUACGGUACUCCAAAUAACAAUAUUCCUGUGUCGAACAAUAGUGCAAUGAAAAGCUCAAUGAACACGUUGAACAAUGUGAGAAACUGUAACCAAAAUGCACAAAAAGUGUUCAAUCAACCGCAAAAUAAUGAGUAUGCACAACAAGCGUUGAAACAUGUAUCAUACGGUCACUUUAUAAAUAGCCCAUCUCGGUUAACAACUAAUCGACAACAGGCAUCACAGGAUUUUUCAUUGUAUUCACCACUGUUAGCCACUGUUACAAGUAUCAACAAUACCUCCAAUAAUAAUCCGCAGUCGGGGCAAAAUCGACAACCGCCUCCAAUAGUACAAAGGCGCUCAAAUAGCACACCACGCGUACAGUCAGCAGUUUUGCUGGGCAUUUCUGCGGAUAACACUAACAAAUCAACGCCAUCAACUGUUAACAAUAAUGGCAUACCUGUUCGUCCGCGUAGCUUAGACCGAGCUAGUUUCAAUGACUUAGCUGCCAUGAGUCACUCACGACCUCCACCGAUACCUCCAAGUCGUCGCUUCUCGCAGCAGAUACAACAAAUUCAAUUGCCAAGUUCAGUCCAGUAUCCGCCCACGAGUUCAUCCUUCCAACAAAGAUCUGUGUCUAGCACAUUAGCUGGUGGAAUACGUCAAUCGGCCACCUUCCAUGGUCAACUGAAUCGACAUACAACGAACACGAGCCAUAGUAAUAGUAGUUUAAGUGGUAAUAAGAAUGUAUGUCAGAGUAAUACUUUGACACGAAAAGCCGAUCGUCCAGUAUCGUUUGCAUAUGGCACAUUACCAGAGCAAAACUAUCUAGAGAAUCAGUUGCGUAUGUAUUCGGAGCAACUCCGCUCGAUAACGGAAAGUGUUCGAAAGUAUUCCGAGCAGGCCAAAAUUCUCUCCGAAAUGAAACGUACACAGCAAAUGGAAAAAAAUCGUCAGCUUGAAUUAUCAUCUCCUCAAGAAACUACGGCAUUGUUCAUUACCAAAGCUGAUGACAUGGUAAUAUCAUCGAAAAAUUUGCGGCUUUUUUUGGAUAGUGUUCGCCAUAAAAUGAACGAAAUUGAACAUGUCGAACCAUCUCCUCCAGCCCCGAUAUCAAGUUCAUCUUCGUCCAUAAAUCAAACACAAAAGACGCCACUUCCAAAAACAAGUGAAAAUGGUGGUAUUUCAACUAAAACAGUGACUGAAGCUAAAACUCCAUCUGAUCAAUUGCGUCAAUUUCUUGACGCAAUUCGUUCAAAUCAACUCCCAGAGGAAGAUCAGUCUGACUUAUCAAGUGCAGCCGACCGUUUCAGUAAAUUUAAAGAGAAAAUGGAACAUUCCCGUUCGAAAUCAACGCCGAAUUUCAGUCAGUAUCAAAUCAGUACAAAUGUGAAUAACAGUUUUUCUAAACUCUCGGAUAACUUACGAAUUAUGAAUGAAGAUUUAGAAGCAUUGGCAGUGGCUACUCCUCAAAAGAAUGUUCUCAUUCAAAAGGCUAUGCCGAGCAUCACAAGCAAAAAGACUGAACGUAUGGAUUUUAAUCAAAUUUUGGAUAAAUUUUGUCAAAUGACAAAUAAUACACAUUCUAUGGAGACAAUUGAAUACCUUCGAAAAUGUUCUGACGUGUUGAAACAUUCAACAAACCAAGGAAAAAUCAACAAUAAUUCAUUUUCGGAUUCUGCGGACAGUAGCUCAUGCAGUACUACACCUGGUUCGAUUCGUGAAGCUGUCCAGAAUUUAUUACAACAACCUCGAAAUGGCGUUCAAAUCAUGGAUGAUCGUAUGAAAUUGUUCAUCGACAUUUUGGACACCCAAUCGAAAUUCAGUCAGGUAAAUAUCAAAAUUCAUUCUUGA